AUGGCCACGAAACAUUCGAUAAGGCAGGCCACGUCUCUGUUAAAGGGUCAGGAAGGUCAUUGGAAUGAGAUUAAAGCUGGUCUUCAGUCGAUACAGAACGAUCUACAAUCUACAUCGGAACGUUUCAGGAUUCUAUUGAACUGGUCGCUGCAGCUCUUCUUAGCCAUGCAGGAACUAUCUCGCAAGUUUGACCGAGAUGUGAUAGAACGACAAGUCCCUCGAGUAUACGUGCUUCCAGCUAUAGUGAUGACGAGAGUGUUGCUCGCAGUAGCAGGAGCUAGUGUAGCCAACCCCGCAUUACGAACUGCGUUAACUGUAUUAUUGGGAACUGACGCUUCAGCCGCACCAAUACGAAGCUCACACAGUGGGAAUGGGAGAACGGGUGUUGAUUUGGGUUUAUGGCUGUCUGCUGUGUCGAUCAGUAUUGAGAGAGCUCGGUAUGACAUGUCUGUGAAUCAGAGGCCGUUAACAGAUGCGUCGAUGAUGAAUACGCUUCAGCCGCUUCUUGAGAAUGCUCAGACCUUUGAGAAUCAGUUAGAUGUUGUCUCGGAUCGGCUAGGAGAGAUAUCCUUGGAUGAUACCCUCGUGAAGAUAAAAGAAUUGGUGGAAAUGUUGGGUGGGACUGUGACGCUAGAAGCUAGGUUGAAACCGUUGAAGGAUUUGAUAACAGUUGAGACGAGGGAUGAAUUGUGGCAGCAAACGACGGCGCAGUAUAAGAAACUAGUUAAACUGUACGCCGAAUGUUCAGAGAAGGUGGUUUCUAUUCAAGCCCUCCUGAAAGAAACAAGAAGACUAGCAGCGCUCAUGGCCGAAAUGGCCGAAUCUAUAAGACGAGACGUGCAGCAAUUCGACGGAAGCAUCUUCGACAUGCAGCUACAUCCUCCUGCCUCACCAUUGCCAAAAUCGCUUCCACCACUACCUCCAGUUGAAAGCAAAGGCAGAACAACUAGCCUGCUGUCACCGUCAGCAGCUGCAUUUGAACAUAUACGUCGUGAGAUAGAAAAGACGUCACGGCGUCUAACGGAAGAUGCUGACAGUCUUCAGGAAGAAAACGCAAGGUUGACGAGAGAGAUGAAAUUUACGAGAGAUCAUGUAAAUCAGAUGGUCAUGGACUUGGCGCAAUGGCUCACGGAUCGUGAGAAUGAAGCUCUUGCAACAAAGCCUUCUGCACGGCAUAUAGCUCAACAUGCUCUCUGGGGAAUGGUACCUUGGGGAUUGAGGAGUCCUGUCGAAAAUGUAGGAGCAGCGAUUAGUCGAGCCAUGUCGCCGACGCCCCGGUAG